CCUCAGAUACAAGAUCGCACUGGCAAUAGCAUCUUCACAGCUCCAGCUCCAUUCGAGUUCCUGGUUGGGCCAGCAUUGGAGUGGCGAAAACAUUCUUUUCAAUGUGAUCGAUGGAUCGAUAAUUCUUGAUCAGCCACACCUUCGGGCUGGGUUCCGACAGAUCGGGCCGGCUUCUGGACAGACAUCUUCCGCAGACGAAACCUUCAUGACCCUAAGCAUACUCCUGCUUGAACUGUGCUUCGGUCAAACUCUGGAGAACAGCCCAUUUCGAGAUCAAUACCGGUCUCCGGAAGGGCAGCAAGAUAGUAUGAUGGACUUGGCGGCUGCGUCGAAAUGGGCGGAAAGAGUCGAAGGAGAAGCCGGACCAGAGUAUGCUGAUGCGGUCUACUGGUGCCUUGCAAUGCGAAGAGGCCGGCAGGUUGGCAACGCCUGGAGACAAGACUUGCUGCAAAUCGUCAUUGA